AUGCCGUCCCCCGAUGGGGUGGACCACACCGAGGUCAUCGUCCACGCGCGCGACGCCGCGGACGCGAAAGCGCACGCGUCGUCCCGGGCUGGAGUCGUCGUCGUCGCGAAAGAUUUGACCUACGACGUCGCGUCGUUCAAGGACAAGGGCGUCAAGGCGAGGCUCCUGUCUGACGUCAACGGUUUAUUCAACCCCGGGGAGAUGACCGCGUUGUUGGGCCCGUCCGGGAGCGGGAAGACGACGUUCCUGGACGUCCUCGCGGGGCGGAAGACCGUCGGGGAGACGACCGGGGAGGUGCUCUUCGGAGGGAAGGCGCCGUCGGUAAAAUUCCUUCGACGGCACACGGGGUACGUGGAGCAGUUCGACACGCUCAUCGCGGCUUUGACCGUGCGAGAGAUGCUCUGCUACACCGCGGAACUGAAACGCCCGAUGAACGAGCCGUUAGCAUCCAAAGAAACGGCCGUGGACAAGCUGUUACGCGACCUCGGUCUAUGGGACGCGCGCGACGUCGUCGUCGGGAGCCAGAUGGUCAAGGGGAUAUCCGGCGGCCAGGCGAAGCGAACGAACAUCGCGAUCGCGCUCAUCACGGACCCUUCCGUCUUAUUCCUGGACGAACCCACGAGCGGGUUGGACAGCUUCACCGCGAACGAGGUCAUGUCCGUGGUGAAGUCGCUGGUGACGGACGAAGUCACGAUACUCGCGACGAUUCACUCGCCGACGGCGUACGCGUUUUCGCUCUUCGACAACGCGAUGAUCCUCUGCGGCGGCAGACAGGUGUACUUUGGACCGACGGGGAAAGGGUUGUGGCUCAUCGACGUCUUCACGGAGGCGGACCGCCGAGGCGACGCCGUCGCGUUCGCGGACGUGUACGAGACGUCGUCGCUGAAGAAGGCGUGCGACGCGUCCACGCGCGCCGCCGUCGCCGCCGAGAAGACGCGCCGGCGGCGGCGCGGCAGCGAGGAGAGCCUCGCGGACGGCGUCACGACGCAAAGCCUCGCGGACACGAAGCUGAACACGACAUCGUCCACGGUAACGCCGGGGUGGUGGGCGUUUUACGUCAUGCUGAAAUACCGAACGAGGAAAAACUACCGAGACCCGGAGUACCUCGGCCCGCGGCUCGGAGACAAAAUCUUCCUCUCGUUCAUCAUCACGACGCUCUACCUCGGCAGAGGCAACGACUUCGGCGCGGACAACGUGAUCAACAUAUCCUCCGCGCUGUUCAUGUGGAGCACGCUCCCCGCGUUCGGCGCCGCGGCGUACAUCCCGCAGAUAGUGUUGGAGAGGUCGCUGUACAUGCGCGAGCGCGCGGACGGUCUGUACAACCCGCUGACGUACGUCGUCGCGAAAAUUUGCGACGAGAUGCUCCUCCUCGUCUUCGUGACACUUUGUAUCGCGGUCGUCGUCUUCUUCGCCGUCGACCUCGCCGGGUCGUUCUGGCUGUUCUGGCUGACGUAUUACAUCACGCUCGGGAACGGCAUCGUCCUCGCGUACCUCGUCGCGGCGGCGGCGCCGAACAUGGAAGCCGCGAACGCCAUCCUCCCAACCUACGUCGUCACGCUCCUCUUUUUCGCGGGGUUUUUGAUCACGCCCGAGGACACGCCGUCGUACUGGAAGUGGUACUCGUACGUCGACCUCAUGAAGUACGCGUGGGGGGCGCUGAUGAUCAAUCAGUGGGACGGGAACGACCCGGUGUUGUUCGCCGGCGGGGAGACGCUGCUCGAGACGUACGAGCUCGACGACGUGAACAAGUGGGGGUACGUCGGGUAUCUAUUGCUCUUCUUUUGCGCGUUUUUCGUCCUCGCGUUUUUAGCGCUCAAGCACAUCAACCACAGCAAGCGUUAA